AUGGAUGGCCCAGCAGGAAAUACCAAAAAAGAGAUGCCCAAAAGAGCGCGAAACCCACCGAAGAAGAUGUGUUUUUAUGAACCAGACCCCGGCUCACCCAAACAGGACUCAGAUGGAUUUUUUGUAUUUUUGACCUUUGAAGAUGGAUACACGGCAAAGCUUUUUAAUGUAUGUGAUAUACAAAGCAAAGAUGAAAAACCCAUCGCCUGCCUUAGAGAUCUGAAGCCAUGGGAAGAAGUACUUGCAAGAUGGUCCGACAGCAAGUUCUACAGCGCCACAGUGGACUUCGUUGGAACAGUUAAAAAGGAUGUCAAGAAGGCUACAAAGAAAGACCUGAAAAAAAGAGAUGCAGCUGCUCAAAGAUUUUACAACCUUCCAUCACUACCUCAAGCAGGUCAGUCCACCUCUGUACAGGAUUAUCCAAAUACUGUGGACAACAAACUCAUCCUGCCUCCAACUACCUGGCCAGUGUACCAACCUCCACCUACCGAGUCAUCUUUACCCAUCCAGCCACAGCACCAACCUGUAACUGCCUGGCCACAGUACCAGGUUCCAGUUUCCCAGUCAUCGCCACAUAAACAUCCAUGUUACGAGCAUCCACCUACCCAGCUGCUCCACCAGUAUGUACCCACUCUGUCUCCAGUCACACAUCAUUCCAACCUUUUACAGUAUCCAAAGCAUCACAAGGCACUGCCCACAUCUUCAGACCUGUCAGAACAACCUGUUUUGGUGAAUUUAGAUCACCAAAGACAGCCACCAGCUCCUACUGUGACACCCAAAGAAAGCUUUCUCAAAAUGUUGUACAGUCCAAACCAAGAAUCUGCUGUUCUUGGGGACCAGAGCCAGCCUAGUACGUCUGAACUUGACACUUCUUCAAGCUCGUCAUCUGCGGAUACUUUCAUCAUCGAGCGUGAUCCACUUCCAGAAUCUGGAGAGCCAAUUUUCAGUUUGCCUGAAUCAAGAGAAGACAGGUCAUGGAAGCCAUGCAGGGCAUGCAAGGCAGAGGUGGAAAAAUUAGUGGAGGAGAAGGCCAAACUGCAGGAUGUGCUGUGCGGUAUAAGUGGUGAGCACCUGGAGGCAUUAAAAAGCUUUCUGAACAAAGUGGAACAGAUCCAACCGCAGGCUGAUGUUGGGGCUCCAAAACACAGAUCUGGAAAGCAAGAGCUGUAUCCAGAAAGUGGCCUAUUCGUGUCUUCUACCCGCCUGGCUGCAAUACAUGCAGAAGCAAAGAAGGACUGCCUCAGAUUGUUCCAUCUUCUUUUUGAUGAGUUUUUUACUGCAGAGGAGUGCCGAAAUGCUGUGGCCUUUGGGAAGCACGGGAAGGUGCCAGAUGGGAAGACAGUCCUGGAUAAGUUCAAAGUCAGUGGGAUUCUAACUUACAUCAUGCGCUGUAGUACCCUGGAUGGAUGGAUGGACACCGGUGGAGAAAAGUAA